GAUCGUCAACCUUCAUUUAGCUAUCAAUUAACCAAUGCCAACAAAGUUACCAUAAUCUUCACAAUUUUAUAUAUUUGAUGGGUGCAUUUAUAAAUUCCCUAAUUACAUGUGGAAGAGAGAGAAUAAUUAAACAAAAACAAACAAAUGUAUAAUUUCUCCCUCUGAGUGAUUGACAAACAAAAUCAUGAAAACAAUCAAAACUCCAACUUUUAACUAAGCCACUUCCUCACUCAUAUCUCACUAAGCACAAAACACAAACCAACCAAAUUUCUCGAUCUCAAAAAAUCAAAUCCCUAAUUUCAUCUUAUCUCUCUCCUCCGAUCACCAUUUUUUCCGAUCAAUUGCCGGAAAUUUCACCGGUGAUCUUGAAUUCAACCUCCAUUUUUAAGUCAGAUCUCGGAAAUUGAUCGGGAAUGGCUUCCUCGGAAGCCGAUUCCCGGCUGAAACAAGUGUUGGUGCCUUCAUUAGAGAAGAUCAUAAAAAAUGGUUCAUGGCGGAAGAAUUCAAAGCUUGUUCAUGAGUGUAAAUCUCUUCUAGAGAAGCUAAACUCAUCGAAUUUACACUCUCUCUCCUCCCCUGAAUCUCCGUCUUCCACCAUUGGUCCAGUUGUCGACAGUGGGACCCAUGAAUACUCUCUAGAAGAUUCCGAGCUAAUUCUCUCUCCUUUCAUCAACGCUGCAUCGUCGUCAAACCCUAAGAUCGGCGAUGCAGGAAUUUCGUGUUUGCAGAAGCUUAUCUCUCAUGGAUAUAUCCGAGGUGAGGCAGAUUCGAGUGGGUCAAAUCCUGAGUCGAAGUUGUUGUCACGAGUUAUUGACUCAGUGUGUAAGUGUAAUGAGGUUAACAAUGAUGAGAGUAUGGAACUUGUUGUGUUGAAAACCCUACUUUCUGCUGUUACUUCGACUAGUCUUAGGAUUCAUGGUGAUUGUUUAUUGCAGAUUGUUAGGACAUGUUAUGAUAUAUAUUUAGGGAGUAAGAAUGUGGUGAAUCAGACGACGGCGAAAGCAUCGUUGAUUCAGAUGCUUGUGAUUGUUUUCAGGAGAAUGGAGGCGGAUUCAUCGUCGGUUCCUGUUAUGCCUAUUGUAGUGGCUGAGCUAAUGGAACCGCCUGAGAAGUCGGAUUCUGAUCCCGGUGUUACUCAGCAAGUGCAGGGGUUUAUUACUAGGAUAAUUCAGGAUAUUGAUGGGGUAUUGAAUACAGUGAAUGUAGGUGGUGAUAAGGGUGGUGGAGGUAGUGGUGGGGCGGCUCAUGAUGGGGCGUUUGAGACUAGGGUGAAUGCUACUGUGGAGGGGACGAAUCCGGCGGAUUUGUUGGAUUCUACUGAUAAGGAUAUGUUGGAUGCUAAGUAUUGGGAGAUUAGUAUGUAUAAGUCCGCGUUGGAAGGGAGGAAGGGGGAGUUAGCGGAUGGGGAGGCUGUGGAAGGGGUUGGAGUCAUGGAGAGAGAUGAUGAUUUAGAGGUUCAGAUUGGGAAUAAGUUGAGGAGAGAUGCUUUCUUGGUGUUUCGUGCACUUUGUAAGUUGUCAAUGAAGACGCCUCCCAAAGAGGCAAUGUCGGAUCCUCAGCUUAUGAGGGGGAAGAUUGUGGCUCUAGAGUUGCUUAAGAUUUUGUUGGAGAAUGCUGGCACAAUUUUUAGGACCAGUGACAGAUUUUUGGGUGCUAUCAAGCAAUAUCUAUGUUUAUCAUUGCUUAAGAACAGCGCCUCAACUCUGAUGAUUGUCUUCCAGCUUUCAUGCUCUAUAUUCAUGAGUUUGGUAGCGAGAUUUCGAGGUGGGUUGAAGGCUGAGAUUGGGGUGUUCUUCCCUAUGAUAGUUCUUCGAGUAUUGGAAAAUGUGGCUCAACCUAAUUUCCAGCAGAAGAUUAUAGUGCUGCGAUUUCUGGAAAAACUUUGUGAAGAUUCUCAGAUCUUGGUGGACAUAUUCAUUAACUAUGAUUGUGAUGUCAAUUCAUCGAAUAUAUUUGAGAGAAUGGUCAAUGGCCUUCUCAAAACAGCUCAAGGUGUGCCACCUGGUGCAACCACUACAUUGUUGCCACCACAAGAAGAAACUCUGAAAUUCGAAGCAAUGAAAUGCUUGAUCGCUGUCUUAAAGUCAAUGGGAGACUGGAUGAAUCGUCAAUUACGAAUCCCAGAUCCUCAUUCAGCAAAAAAGUAUGAACCAGCAGAUAACAGUCCUGAAGCUGGUAGUCCUCACUUGGUGAAUGGUCAUGGGGAUGAGCCUACAGAAGGUUCUGAUAGUCAUUCUGAAUCUUCAACUGAUGUUUCCGAUGCGCAAACAAUUGAGCAGCGCCGGGCAUACAAGCUGGAACUUCAGGAAGGUAUCUCUCUUUUUAAUAGGAAACCGAAAAAGGGGAUUGAGUUCCUGAUUAAUGCUAAUAAGGUGGGCAGUUCAGCAGAGGAAGUAGCAGCAUUUCUCAAAGAUGCUUCUGAUCUUAACAAGACUUUAAUUGGUGAUUAUCUUGGGGAAAGAGAAGAAAUGUCAUUGAAAGUGAUGCAUGCAUAUGUAGAUUCCUUUGAUUUCCAAGGUAUGGAGCUAGAUAAAGCAGUUAGGGUCUUUCUGCAAGGCUUCAGGUUGCCUGGUGAAGCCCAGAAGAUUGAUAGGAUCAUGGAAAAGUUUGCUGAACGUUAUUGGAAAUGUAAUCCAAAGGCAUUCUCUAGCGCAGACACUGCUUAUGUCCUUGCCUAUUCAGUUAUAAUGCUCAACACUGAUGCCCACAAUCCUAUGGUCAAGAAUAAGAUGUCUGCUGAAGAUUUCAUUAGAAACAAUCGUGGUAUUGAUGAUGGAAAAGAUCUUUCGGAGGAGUAUAUGAGAUCCUUGUAUGAACGAAUAACUAAAAAUGAGAUUAAGAUGAAGGAAGAAGACUUGGCUUCUAUGCAAAAGCAAUCUAUGAAUCCCAACAGAAUCUUAGGUUUGGACAGUAUCUUAAAUAUUGUGAUUCGUAAGCGAGAUGAGAACUACAUGGAGUCCAGUGAUGACCUGAUAAGGCAUAUGCAAGAACAAUUUAAAGAAAAAGCUCGCAAGUCCGAGUCAGCUUAUUAUGCUGCAACGGACGUCGUAAUCCUCCGAUUCAUGAUUGAGGCCUGCUGGGCUCCUAUGCUUGCUGCUUUCAGUGUUCCACUUGAUCAAAGUGAUGAUGAAGUAAUCAUAUCCUUGUGUCUUGAUGGUUUCCGUCAUGCGAUCCAUGUUACAUCAGUGAUGUCCAUGAAGACUCAUAGGGAUGCAUUUGUGACGUCACUUGCCAAGUUUACCUCUCUGCACUCACCGGCUGAUAUCAAACAAAAAAAUAUAUAUGCUAUUAAGGCAAUCGUUACAAUUGCAGAUGAAGAUGGAAACUACCUUCAAGAAGCUUGGGAGCACAUAUUGACAUGUGUUUCUCGUUUUGAGCACUUGCACCUACUGGGGGAAGGUGCUCCUCCUGAUGCGGCUUUCUUUGCUCUUCCUCAAAGUGAUCAAGAGAAAUCAAAACAGACCAAGUCUAAUAUUCUUCCGCUUUUAAAGAAAAAGGGUGCUGGAAAAAUUCAGUAUGCUGCAGCCGCUGUGAGAAGAGGUUCUUAUGAUAGCGCUAGCAUUGGUGGCAACACUUCUGUUACAUCGGAACAGAUGAAUAAUUUAGUCUCCAAUUUGAACAUGCUUGAACAAGUUGGAAGCAGUGAAAUGAAUCGGAUAUUUACUCGAAGUCAAAAGCUCAAUAGUGAAGGAAUAAUAGAUUUUGUCAAGGCACUGUGUAAGGUAUCAAUGGAGGAAUUGCGAUCUGCCUCUGAUCCGAGAGUUUUUAGUCUGACAAAGAUUGUUGAGAUUGCGCACUACAACAUGAACCGCAUUAGGCUUGUAUGGUCAAGCAUCUGGAAUGUGCUUUCUGACUUCUUUGUGACAAUUGGAUGUUCUGAAAAUCUGUCAAUAGCAAUUUUUGCUAUGGAUUCUUUGCGUCAAUUGUCAAUGAAGUUUUUGGAACGGGAAGAAUUGUCUAAUUAUAAUUUCCAAAAUGAGUUUAUGAAGCCCUUUGUCAUUGUGAUGCGGAGGAGUAGUGCUGUUGAGAUCAGGGAAUUAAUCAUCAGAUGUGUGUCUCAGAUGGUGUUAUCCCGAGUAAACAAUGUCAAGUCUGGAUGGAAGAGCAUGUUCAUGGUCUUCACAACAGCAGCUUAUGAUGAUCACAAAAAUAUAGUUCUCUUGGCCUUUGAGAUAAUGGAGAAGAUUGUUCGAGACUACUUCCCAUACAUCACUGAGACUGAGACCACUACAUUUACAGAUUGUGUAAAUUGCCUCGUUGCAUUUACUAAUAGCAGAUUCAACAAGGACAUUAGUCUUAGUGCUAUUGGCUUCCUGCGCUACUGUGCAGAGAAGCUUGCUGAAGGAGAUCUUGGGUCUUCUGGCAAAAUUAAGGAUCAAGAAACUCUGGGUAGUAUCUCUUCUUCAGUAUCUCAAACAGCAAAGGAUGGAAAACUAGAAAAUGGAGAGUUGACUGACAAGGUGGACCAACUAUAUUUCUGGUUCCCAUUGUUGGCUGGAUUGUCAGAACUUAGUUUUGAUCCAAGACCAGAAAUCAGAAAAAGUGCGCUUCAGAUUUUGUUUGACACUCUAAGGAACCAUGGCCAGCACUUUUCGCUACCCCUUUGGGAGCGAGUGUUCGAGUCAGUCUUGUUUCGUAUGUUUGAUUAUGUUCGGCAUGCAAUUGACCCGUCCACAGAAAACUCAUUUGGAGAGGGUGCUCAUGGUGAUAUAGCUGAGUUUGAUCAAGAUUCAUGGCUGUAUGAGACUUGUACACUGUCUCUUGAAUUAAUUGUGGAUCUUUUUGUCAAGUUCUACUCAACUGUUAAUCCUCUCUUGAAGAAAGUUCUUAUGCUGUUAGUGAGCUUCAUCAAGCGCCCUCACCAGAGCCUUGCUGGAAUUGGUAUUGCUGCAUAUGUUCGAUUAAUUAGCAAUUCUGGAGACCUCUUCUCGGAUGACAAAUGGCUUGACGUGGUCUAUUCAUUGAAAGAAGCGGCCGUUUCCACCCUUCCUGAUUUUUCGUUUGUCUUGGCUGGGGAUAGUUCAGUUCGGAGUAGUGAAGAAUCAAUUAGCAGACAAGAUCCUGCUGAGUCUACUGGGACUGGUACACAUCAUGAUGCAGACAGUUUGAGAACGCAGCAGUUUUAUGCUGCUGUAGCUGAUGUCAAGUGCCGUUGUGCUGUUCAGCUCUUGUUGAUCCAGGCUGCCAUGGAGAUCUACAUGUUGUAUAGGACUCAGAUGUCAGCAAAAAAUGUUUGUGUUCUAUUUGACGCUUUGCGUGCAGUGGCAUCACAUGCACAUAAGAUAAAUUGUGAUGCAAAUCUAUGUUCAAAGCUACUAGAGAUUGGAUCCAUUACUCAAAUGCAAGACCCUCCACUUCUACGACUCGAAAAUGAGUCCUAUCAAAUGUGCCUCACACUCCUACAAAACCUUAUGCUCGAUAGACCUGCAGACUUCAACGAAGAGGAAACAGAAUCGUACCUUGUUAAUUUGUGCCGAGAGGUUCUUCAAUUCUACAUUGAAGCUUCAUCUGGACACACAAGUGAGACAUCCGCUGGUGAUGGGGCCCAUUGGAAGAUACUCUUGGGUUCCCGAAGACGUAGAGAGUUGGCUGGACGUGCGCCUCUUAUUGUGGCCACUCUUCAAGCUAUAUGCAGUUUGGCUGAGACUUCAUUUGAGAGGAACCUAUCACGGUUCUUUCCUCUGUUUUCCACCUUGAUCAGCUGUGAACAUGGGUCCAAGGAUGUCCAGGUAGCUUUGAGUGAAAUGCUUAACGUAUCCGUGGGCCCCUUGCUGCUGCGAUCCUGUUGAUUAUUACUGGGUUUUAUUUGGCAGAGUUAGAAGUAUGAUAUCCUUCCCCAGGUGUUGCAGUUUAAGAUUUUGUUGUCAUCUUUGUUUCAAAAUAUUACUAAUUGUUGAGUUAAUAUUGUAGUUUUGGUAGUAAUUAUAUCAUAGUUAGUAUUGUUGAUUUCCAUGACCUAUUGCUUCCUUACCUCGUGCGAUAUCUUACUGAGGGAUGGUAUAUAUCAGGCAUAACAAUUUAGAUACAUGGGGAGCUUUGUUGUAUGAUCUUCAGUGAAUUAUUUUUUUGAAGACAUUCGGUGUAAAAAUGAUUUUUCUUCAAUGAGCAUACAGAGGUUUUGUUAA